AUGGUCCAUGUUCGUAAACGCCCCCAUGUGGAGACUUUUCUGCAGAAGGUAGCUGAGCUGUUCGAGGUUGUGGUCUUCACAGCCAGCCAGGGCAUUUACGCAGAUAAGCUUCUUGAUAUAAUGGAUCCCAAGACGGAGCUGGUUCAGCACAGGAUCUUCAGAGAGUCCUGUGUCUACAUUGAAGGGAACUAUGUCAAGGACCUGUCUGUGCUUGGGCGAGACCUUUCGAAAGUGGUCAUUGUUGACAACUCGCCGCAGGCUUUUGGAUUGCAAGUUGACAAUGGUAUCCCUAUCGAAGCAUGGUUUGAUGAUGACAAGGACUGCGAGCUGCAGUUGCUUCUUCCAUUUUUGGAGACCCUGGCAAGGGCAGAUGAUGUGGUGUCCAAAUUCAACGAGAUUGUAACGAAGCCUCUACUGUCGGGGGCGAUUGACACGUUCAGGCGGCAUGGCGUGGACAAGGACCACAUUGAGGUUGCGUGGGUCCCGGGCAGCUUCGAAAUUCCCCUCGUGGCACAGGAGAUGGCCAAGUCGGGCAACUUCGACGCUGUGCUCUGCAUUGGCGCUGUGGUGCGGGGCUCCACCACUCAUUAUGAUGCCGUGGCGAACAAUGCUGCCAGUGGCGUCCUGAGUGCAGGUCUUAACUCAGGCAUUCCUUGUGUCUUUGGGGUUCUCACAUGCGAGACAAUGGAGCAGGCGAUGGACAGGGCGGGAGGCAAGCUUGGCAACAAAGGAGCAGAGGCUGCCGUCACAGCGAUUGAGAUGGCUAGCCUAAUGGCAAUGCUGCGUGCCUCUGGCUCAGCUGCCCUUGAAGCUCCAGAGUGA